GUGAAGGUGGUGAUAUUGGGACAGGAUCCAUACCAUGGACCAAAACAAGCUCACGGUCUGUGUUUCAGUGUACAGAAAGGGGUGAAGCCUCCACCUAGUUUAGAGAAUAUGUUCAAGGAGCUGUCGAGUGAUAUAGAAGGAUUCAAACACCCUGGACAUGGCACACUGAUUGGCUGGGCUGAACAAGGUGUCCUCUUGUUGAACUCCUGUCUCACGGUGAGACAACACCAAGCUAACUCUCACAAAGACAAAGGCUGGGAGAAACUCACAGACGCUGUCAUAUCAUAUCUCAACAAAAACAGAACGGGACUGGUGUUUAUACUGUGGGGGUCAUACGCACAGAAAAAGGGAGCUUGUAUAGAUCAGGCUGGUGGUGAGAGGAAUGAAAACCAGAGUCGGAAGUAA